AUGGUGUCAACCACACAAACAUACCCUCUCCCUCCCACCAUACAUACCCUCUCCCUCCCACCAUACAUACCCUCUCCCUCCCACCAUACAUACCCUCUCCCUCCCACCAUACAUACCCUCUCCCUCCCACCAUACAUACCCUCUCCCUCCCACCAUACAUACCCUCUCCCUCCCACCAUACAUACCCUCUCCCUCCCACCAUACAUACCCUCUCCCUCCCCCCAUACAUACCCUCUUCCUCCCCUCAUACAUACCCUCUCCCUCCCCCCAUACAUACCCUCUCCCUCCCCCCAUACAUACCCUCUCCCUCCCCCCAUACAUACCCUCUCCCUCCCCCCAUACAUACCCUUCUCCUCCCCCCCCCCCACCUUCUGCAGCCACCCCCCCAGCGCUGCACCUGUUGCGGCCCGCGGAUUUGCAGCCUUAUGCUCCGCACCGCAUCUGCGCCUCCUGCACUGGUUCCUGGCCCGAGGUUUCCGCCCCUGUUCAACCAGGCAGGCAGAGGCUGCUGACGUGGCGGAGGUGGGCGGGAUGCGCUGGCGGUGCAAGCGGCUUUGGCGGCAGCAGUGGCAGCGGCAGGGAGCACGGGGAGGAGGGUGGGCAGCAGGGCGAAUGGGCGGUGAAGGGAGGCUGCUGAUAGGGCUGGCGCUGGCGAGCAGUUGA